UCUCUCGUUCGCCCAACGCUCUCCCGCCCCCAACGCCAGCUCCGAGGGAGCCCCGGGCACAGACGAGCCUCGGCGGGGAGCGAGAAAGAUGGAGGCGCGGCUCGGAGCUAGACUGCUGUGGCUGGCCGCGCUGUCCGGCGUCCUCUGGGUGGACACGGUGCUCGGGAAAUACGUCAAAGGCGUCGUGGACACCAAGGAGGACUGGGUCUUCCUCACACGCUUCUGCUUCCUCACCGACUUUGGACGCUUGGACUUCCGGUUUCGAUACCCUAAGUCUCGCUGCUGUCAGAACAUAUUACUCUACUUUGACGAUGCCUCUCAAUGGCCAGCUGUGUACAAGAGGCCCGAAAAGAACUGCAACCAGAAGGAGGCGGUGCUGAGGCCCGAGAACAACCAGGUCAUCAACCUCACCACCCGCUACACUUGGUCCGGAUGUGUGGUGGAGGGCGAUGGCGACGUUGACGAAGAGGUGCUGAGCUGCGUGGGCGGCCGCAGUUUCCGCUCGGUGAGGGAGAGGUGGUGGUACAUUGCUCUCAGCAAGUGUGGGGGUGACGGUCUGCAGCUGGAGUACGAGAUGAAGCUGACCAACGGACAAUCUUUCUGGACACAACACUUCUCAGCCGAUGAGUUCGGGAUCCUGGAGACAGACAUCACCUUCUUGGUCAUCUUUUUCAUAGUAUUCCUGCUGUCCUGCUACUUCGCCUACAAUCUGAAGGGACGACAGCUUCUUCACACCACCUACAAAAUGUUUAUGAUGGCCGCAGGUGUGGAGGUGCUCAGUCUGGUUUUCCACUGCGUCUAUUGGGGCCUCUACGCCCAGGAUGGUGUCGGCAACAGUAGUUUGAAAAUACUCGGGAAAUUACUCUUCUCCAUCAGUUUCCUGGUGUUCCUGCUCAUGCUCAUAUUGCUGGGGAAAGGUUUCACCGUCACCAGGGCACGGAUCAGCCACAGCGGCUCGGUGAAGCUCAGCAUCUAUAUGACGGUCUACACAAUCACCUAUGUCAUCCUCUUCAUCUACGAGGCUGAGUUCUUCGAUCCAGGCGAGGUUCUGUACGCCUACGACAGCCCGGCGGGCUACGGACUGAUGGGCCUGCAGCUUUUGGCGUACGUGUGGUUCUGCUACGCCGUGCUGGUUUCGCUCAAGCACUACCCUGAAAAGCAGCCCUUCUACGUCCCUUUCUUCACCACCUACACCCUAUGGUUCUUCGCCGUGCCCGUGAUGGCUCUCAUCGCCAACUUUGGCAUCCCCCGUUGGGCUCGGGAGAAGAUCGUCAACGGCAUUCAGCUGGGCAUCCACCUCUACGCCCACAUCGUUUUCCUGGUGAUAACGCGACCGUCAGCAGCCAACAAGAACUUCCCCUACCACGUCCGCACGUCUCAGAUCGGGAUCCUGUUGUCCAGUCCCAAAGGAGGCGAGGGCGGCGAGAGCUUCCCUCACCACGCUUACGGGAACAGCUCCUUCCUGGGAGACUCCCAGCCCAACUUCACCGAGCUCUUCUCCAUCCAGUCAGAUCCCGUCAAGACGGUGGAGGAAACGGUGCCGCGCAAAGUCCCGGAGGUGGCGAGGAACAGCGAGCAGAAGAUCAUCACCACGUCGGCCGCCGUCGACGACCUGGUGUCGGUUUUGCCGCCGCUCCCGCCCCCCAUACCGCCGCGCCCGGCCGCCGCCGCUGCACGCUCCCCCCCGCUUUCCAUACGACUGCCGUCUUUCACCGAGUACUUCAGCAUGCAGGGGGGCGGCGGCAGCAUCGGAGGGUUCGCAUCCAAGGCGUGAGACGGGCUCGAGAACGCCGUGAGUACAAAAUGAGGACAUUGAGGAAGAGAUUGUCACUUGACAAGCAAUAAAUAUUUGACCAAUAGAUGGAUCUCUGCGCAUCAUGCAGGAAGGAAGAAGGAAAAAAAAAGACAAAAAUUCCCCCCCAAAUCUUUUUUCUUUUUCCCGUGAUUGUAAAUAGCUUGACAAACCUCCUGCUUGCCAUCAUUUUUAUUUCCUGCAUUAAUAAUACUUACAUUCCAUUUGCGACCAUCAAUUCAUUCUUUUUUUAAUGUACAUUUUUUGUUUUUUUGUCGUUAUUCACAUUGUUUUUAUUUAUUUAAUUUAUUUUAUAUUUUUUUACACAUUUUGAUAGGAUGAAGCCCACAUAUUUAUGAUCAAUUUCUACAGUGGUCCUUUGACUUCUGAGUAGGGAGGUUGGAUGCUACUUUUUAGUAGUAUCAAAAAGUAAUAAAUAUGACACUUACUGACAGAUAAUUAGAAACAAAGGUUUUUCUUUGUGACGCACACAAUGAUCGUCCGUCGUGUCGAACAGCCCCAGUGUAGCGUCAACUACUGGCAUGGAGUAUUAAAUCCAUGUCGGAUUUUGUAUUAUAUUAUUUAUUAUUUUAUUAUGGUAACUAAUACCUGAUACCUUAAUCAGCCCGAUACUGCUACCUGGUAUUGGUCCUCACGCAGCCCAACUUAAGCGUUUAAUUCGUUCUGUGAGUGUUUGUGAGUAACUUCACUCAUAUUUGAAAUGAUGGGAUGCCUGCGAGAUGU